CUGUUCUGACUUGGUGGUGCACAUGUCUGUUUUAUAGAAAUGUCAUCAUCAAAUAUUGUAAGAGCUUUCAUUGUCUGCUUAAACGCCCCCUUUAUUUAUCAUACGAUUCUGACUUGGUGUACAGGGAGAAUACUGUAAGAACGGCCCAUGUUCUGAAUUCUGUUGCUGUGCAUUUCAAAAGUGCUGAACAAAAGGUUAUUUUGACUACAUCCGUCUUAGCUCGCUCAUUAAUGUCUUAUUCGAAAUUACGGAUUGCCUCUUAUCUGCUCAUGGUUCCCUUAUACCAUAGUUUGUACAUCUCAAUUGUCAGUAAAAUCCACAUUAAUUUAAGCAAGUCAGCCAUAUCAGCUAUGUUUUUACAAAGGCAGUAAAUGAGGCUAAAUGAACUGGUUCGCUGCCAGACAAGGCUCUGCGUAUAGCCAGAUGUAGCGGUUGUAAGGACUCACUCCAUGGUGCUGAAAAGAAAGCUCUGCUGUUGGGACAGCUUUAUGUAGGCCAUAACAGUUGGUGGGCACCGUUUAUCACCGUUCUAGUACAAUUACUGUAUUGUUUAGUGUUGUGUAGUGGCUUUGCUGGCAUGUUUUUUUUUUGCCCCACCAAGAUUUAUAUGCUAAAAUCGCCACCGCACAUGGCCAUACACCCGCACACGUAAAGACACCGAAGCACCACCCAAGGAAACAAGACACAGGAAGCAGAGGAAAAGGGUCAAACGCUAAAGGGUUCUCCAGUAACCUCACUAGCUAAUGAUGUAAUGGAACUCAUCGUUCCUCCACUCCUUGGUGACACGGCACUGCGAUUGGUGGCGUUAGAUCACUAGAGGCUCUGCUCACUACACAAUUACUAGCGUAUAGUAUUUUAUAUUAGUCGUACACUUAGAUUCAGAUAAGUGCGCAUCAAAGAUCUUGACUGUUGACAAUAGAGAAACCUUCCUCUUAUACAGUAUGCGCCAAUGAUCAGUCACGCACUGUGCAAUUCAAAUGACGGAGCAUUCUCCAGAUGCAUGGCCUCCUUACAUCCAUCUCUGUUAGCCUGUACACCUGAGUGACCACAUCAUAUGGAACAGCCAGUAAGUAGGCUUAUGACCUUUCACCUUACAACCACAGACCCCCCCCCCACGCCUUCCCUAAUUCCCCCAACACCUGUAGCAGCAAUGUGACCUGAGUGUCUUCCCAAAAUACUCCACUGUAACCUUACCCGCGAGGUCGAGGAGCUUUCAGACGUUACUUGAUCCCCCCUUUUUAUGUGGCACGGCACACUGGUGUUGCACCUGCUCAGGUGUCCCAUUCUCUCCAUCAGGGUGUGGCCAGAGUGAAGACGAGAGAGAGAGAGAGAGAGAGAGGAGGACAACAGAAAGAAAGACAGACCAGUCACUGAGUUUGUCAGUCAGUUGGCUAGACCUAGAUCUGGCCAGUUUGUCAGGCAGUUUGUCGGGCAUACGGAUUACAAAGGUCAAUUUGCCAGUUAGUGAGUUAGUUGGUGAAUACAGUUUGCUAGGAAACUGGUAUGUGAGCAAUGGAGUAUGCUAUCAGGUUCUCCAUUGGUGGUGGUCAGUCAAUUGGUCAGUCACUCAGCUAGGCAGUAGCAUUAUAUCCUGGAUGUUUGUCAGUGCAGUCCUUACUCUCCCAUCGCUCCACCAGCCUCCAGUGGUGGUCAUCUUACUACCAUGGGGCCAAGAUGAUUAGCUGGGUGAGGAGAUAUGGCCAUGCCUGAUAGUGACAAGACCGCUGCUGAUGGUUUAGCCGAAGAGAGGGAGGUGUGUAGCCAGACUGACCUCCCGAGGUCUGCGUGUUUUAACGUCAACGCUGUUCAGAUGAACGAACAACUGACAAGGGAGACUCAUCCUCAUCUCUUUUUCUUUCUAUCUCGUUCUCAUUUUCCCCUUUUCUCUCCCCCUCUCUCUCUCUCACGCCAUCCAUCUUCUCUCUCGCACGCCUUCCCUCUAUUUCUCUGUCUCUCUAUUUGUCUCUCUCUCUCUCUCUCUCUCUCUCUCUCUCUCUCUCUCUCUCUCUCGUACACACUCCAUACAGGUGUCUGGGGCAGAGGGAAUGGACCCGUUCCGUAUUGAGGUUGAGUCUGUGAGUAACGAGGACCUGCCAACCGUGGAGAUCCCCACCACCUUCAAUGUCAGCCCCCUCAGUAGCCAGACCAGCGGCUCCUUCUCUCAGGACGUCCAGGACCCCCAUGUACCCACCGCUCCCCUCCAGGAGCCCCCUGCCCCCAUCCCAAAGAGCCAGGGCCAGCUCACCCCACCCAGCUACCUCCCUUCCAUGCGCUUCAUCAAGGUCCGGCCCUUCAUGCACGAUGACGGCUUGGUGGAGUCUAAGACCCUAUGCAGCCAGUUCAAGGCACACUGGCUGCUGCUGGUGAUUGUUGCGUGUGGUCUACUGGCCCUGAGUCUAGCCCUAGGCAUUGGGCUUGGAGUGGGAGUCAGCUGCACGGGGAAGUUCCACUGUAGCACAUCCACUUUGUGUUUUGCCAGAUCUGCGCAGUGUGAUGGAGUCAGCGACUGCGCAGAUGGGGAGGACGAACUGCAAUGUGUGCGUCUGAGUGGGAGGAGCUCUGUGCUGCAGAUCAACAGUAGGGGUGUAUGGAGGACUGUGUGCUCCACCAACUGGGAUCACACACUGGGUUAUUCUGCCUGCAGACAGCUGGGAUACUCCAGCUACAUCAGUUCCAGAUCCCUGCCUCUCUCCUCUGUCGAGUCGGCCUUCCAGGCUAACCUGGUAUCAGUCAACCUGAGUCAUCCAGAUCGCCAGCAGACUGUCAAGAUCCAUAACACCACCUUCCUCAGUAAGACCCAGUGCAGCUCUGAGAGUGUGAUCGUACUCAAGUGCCUAGAUUGUGGCUCCAGGCCCAUGUUCAGGUCUCGUAUUGCGGGAGGGAACGUCUCCCAACCAGGCCAGUUUCCCUGGCAGGCCAGCCUGCACUAUCAGAACCGACACCUCUGUGGGGGCUCCAUCAUCACACCGCGCUGGAUAGUGACAGCAGCACACUGUGUCUACGGGUUUGCAACAAACACCAUGCUGUGGGCGGUGCAAGUGGGAUUGACAGAUCAGCCAGUCAAUGGGGUGCUGUCUCGCUCUUUGGAGAAGAUUAUCUACCACGCCAGCUACCGACCAAAGGGCUUAAAUUAUGACAUCGCUCUAUUGAAGCUUACAGAGCCUCUUACCUUUAACGGUCUGGUUGAGCCUAUCUGCCUGCCGAACUAUGAGGAGAGAUUUGAGGAAGGGAAGAUGUGCUGGAUCUCUGGGUGGGGUGCCACAGUGGAUGGAGGGGAGACCAGUGUGUCCAUGCACUCUGCCCAGGUCCUUGUGCUCUCCAGCAGGGACUGCAGUGGACCAAGACUGUACCAGGGUGCCAUCUCCCCUUGGAUGGUCUGUGCAGGCUACCUGGAGGGGGGAAAAAACUCUUGCCAGGGGGAUAGCGGAGGCCCUCUGGCCUGUGAGGACUCGUCAGUGUGGAAGCUGGCAGGGGCCACUAGCUGGGCCUAUGGCUGUGCUGAGAGGGACAAUCCUGCCUUGUACACUCUCAUCUCCCACGCUCUGACCUGGAUCCACCAGCAGAUGGAGAAAGAAGAGGCACUGAGUUCUUGAUCCCCAAAGGACACAUUAGCUCACAUAGUUAGAGGACUUUACUCAGAGACACUAAAUAUUUGUUCUUAAGCACCACGAUGGACACAAUCCGAGGCUGAGCAAUAGCUCUAUUUUAAAGUCAGAGAAACAAGAUGGAGGGGAAUGGUGGACAAUAAGUGGAAGACUGGGGAGAUGAACUAGGGCCAGGAUUCAAUACGGACUGUGGAGGAUCCUCGUUGUAGCAAAGUCGACAUUAAAAGGUCAUUUCCGAUUGAGCCGACAUCUGCAGCGUUUACUUUGAACGCGAUCUCCACGAUCGUGGUAACAUCUCCUGUAAGUGGGGCAUAGUCAAAAAGGGUGAUCUGAUUAAUUCCUGGCCUAAACUUGGUCUCAUUAGAAGGUCGACAUCUCCACCGUGAGCCCCUUCCAUCCCUACACACAAACUGUGUAUGUAGACAAAUGGAAUAGUUGUAACACGUACUGUGUAUAGUAUACCGUUAUAUAGCAGAUGUGUUUGUAGAGAAAUAUGAUACAGAGAACGCAAGUAAAAACCUGUAUAAUUUUUAAAUGCCAUAAAGAUAUGUAUUUAUUUUUACAAAAAAAUCUUUUUCCCCCCCAAUGAUUCAUUUUUGAUGUUGCACUCAUAAGCAUGUGUGAAUUUCUUGGUACAGACGUCUUUGCACAACUAUCAAAUGUCCUCCAACACAUCCUAGUUCAUCACGUCGAUAUCCUCCCCUGAAAUACUGCGUCUACACUCUGAAAUAAAAAACUAAG